UGCGUGCCCAAAACUAGCAAGCGCAGAGGCGCCACGCCAGCGAGCGAGCGAGCGAGCCAGGGGGGGAUCGAUGGCGGCCAUGGACUUGGAGGACGACGAGGACAUUUGGGGGAAAACCGCCAGCAGCCCGAGCGCGUCCCCGACGCCCCUCACCACGGCCGUGGUCGCCCCCUGCGGCGCCUUCAUCUCCACGCAGCUCAGCCUCAACUCCCGCCUCCAGCUCCUCUCCACAACCGCGGCCGCGGGCGGCUCCUCCCCUCCCCACUCCGUCGGCGCCGGCAUCUUCGCCGCGGACGGCCUCCGCCACCACGUGGGCCUCGGCGACGGCGGCGGCGGCGGCUUCCGCAAUGCGCCCGCGUCCCCGGCCCCCUUCUUCUCCGCCUACGGCCUCGACGCCGGCGGCGGCGUCGCGCCCAUCGACGCCGGCGCCGCCCGCAGCGCGCUCGAGGACGAGAUGUGCGUCGGCCCCGGCACGGCCUGGGCCGGCGCCGGGGUCGGCGGCUCCGACCGCCGCAAGAAGCGCAUGAUCAAGAACCGCGAGUCCGCGGCGCGCUCCCGCGCGCGCAAGCAGGCGUACGUCCGCGAGCUGGAGAGGGAGGUGCAGCUCCUGCAGCAGGAGAACGAGAGCCUCCGCGUCAAGUACGAGCAGCUGAGGGUGUCCGUGGAGGUGCCGGUGCCGGUGAAGAAGACCCUGCAGAGGAUGCCGUCCGCGCCAUUUUGAGGACGACGACGAGGACAUCGAUCGAUCGAUCCAUCGAAGCAGGCGGUUGGGUUGCUCUUCUCCUUUUGAGGCGGUAAUCAACAGUGAUUACAAGUAAGCGACUAAUUAGUGAGUGCUGCUACGACAACUGCUCACAUAAGCUCAUACUAAGCUCGCAACCAGUAGUACUCUACUCCUCUGCUUAGCUCGCCGUCCAUGUACAAGCACCAGGUCACGUUCGAUUUCGUCUAGGGCAUGUACUAGUAGCUUUUGCCUCAAUCGAUCUGUACAGUGGCAGCUGCCUAGCUAGAAGAGGGCUGCCUGCCUGCCUGCCAUGGCGGCGUGCUGCUGGCUGCUAUAUAUACCUAUGUCUAUAUGUGUGUAGCUUGUCGCGUGGGAUUAGGCGGAAAGAUGGCGAGCCUGCUUGUACAAAUGUGGUAAGUAUUGCUUCCUGGAACAAUGACAUUUCGGGUCGCAAGAAAGAACAAAUCCACGAAGCUGGUCUCCUCUGUUUUUUUCUCUCUUCUAUGAUAGAUACAUGGCGAAUGUUGUUGUUUACUCUUCCA